AAGCUGAUUUUGGGGGGGGUUCAUCUCAGGCUUUUUGCAACGGGUCUGUUCUGCCCAGCUCCUGAAUCGGUCUGCACUUGGCCAACUCAUACGUCACCGAGGCCUCGGUUUCCUCCCGUGUAAGCUGGGCCUGACCGGUGGCUCUCAUUGUGGCUCAGAACCCCUCGGGAGCUUUCUCAAAGCACAUAGAUCCGUGUGUCAUUGCUCUCAGAGUCUGAUACCCACUCCUGGUUAGGAAACCCAGGCUGGUUGUUCUCUGAGGCCCCUUCUUAUUCUGACUGUGCUCAUCCAGAAUUACUGAAAGUAAGAGACCCAAAGCCUAAUAGAGGAAGCCGGGAAGAGCAAAUAUAACCACGCAUCCACAAAUCCCUACCGGAACCCCUGGGCUCAGGUAUAUUUUGGAAUUCGGGACUUUUUCAGAUUUUAGGAAAGGCAGUCAGUGCAUUACUACGUAAUUCUUCCAGCGGGGACGGGGGCAUGUUAAUAUUUCUGCCAUGAAACAGAAGGGCUCCCACUACGUGGGGUAGGUAAGGGUGAUGAUAGCCUCCAGUCGCCCCAGGGCAGGCGCAGCAGCUAACUGAGCUCACUGCGAACUAUGGGAAGGUACCGGGUGCCCAGUACUUUUGAAGUUUGGGAAUGGUGGGUCUGGGGCUGUGGACCUGCCUGCACGCUUACUGAAAUCAGCUGCGGAACCGGGCACGGCCUGGGCGUUUGCAGCGACAAGGAUGGAGGUUGGUGCCGGGAAGCCACGAAUACUUCACUCAGCAGGCUUUGUUCAUGUGUCCCCAGGAAUGGCGAGGACCGGAUGUGUCCAAAAUGCAGAGGGGACGACCCCCAGUCUGUAAGCCCAGGAAGCCUUCUGUCUCAGGAGAAGGAUCGCCCCGAGGUGGCUGAGGCUGAAGCUGGGUGCCCCUUUGCUGGUGUUGGCUGCUCCUACAAGGGGAGCCCAAAGCUCAUGCAGGAGCAUGAGGUCACCUCCCAGACCACCCACCUAAAUCUGCUGUUGGCGUUCGUGAAACAGUGGAAGGCCCAGCUGGGCUCUGGCCUGGGCUCUGGGCCCCUGGCCCUGGAGCAGAAUCUGUCAGACCUGCAGCUACAGGCGGCCGUGGAGGUGGCUGGGGACCUGGAAGUUGACUGCUACCGGGCACCCUGCUCUGAGAGCCAGGAUGAGCUGGCCCUGCAGCACUUAAUGAAAGAGAAGCUCCUGGCUGAGCUAGAGGAGAAGCUGCGUGUGUUUGAGAACAUCGUCGCUGUCCUCAACAAGGAGGUGGAGGCUUCCCACCUGGCUUUAGCAGCCUCCAUCCACCAGAGCCAGCUCGACCGUGAGCACAUCCUGAGCUUGGAGCAAAGGGUGGUGGAGUUGCAGCAGACCCUGGCCCAGAAAGACCAGGCCCUGGGCAAGCUGGAGCAGAGCCUCCGCCUCAUGGAGGAGGCCUCCUUCGACGGCACCUUCCUAUGGAAGAUCACCAAUGUCACCAGGCGCUGCCACGAGUCGGCCUGUGGCCGGACCGUCAGCCUCUUCUCUCCAGCUUUCUACACUGCCAAGUACGGCUACAAGCUGUGUCUGCGGCUCUACCUGAACGGGGACGGGACGGGGAAGAGGACCCACCUGUCUCUCUUCAUUGUGGUCAUGAGAGGGGAGUAUGAUGCUCUGUUGCCCUGGCCUUUUCGGAACAAGGUCACCUUCAUGCUUCUCGACCAGAACAACCGCGAGCACGCCAUCGACGCCUUCCGGCCCGACCUGAGCUCGGCAUCCUUCCAGCGGCCGCAGAGUGAGACCAACGUGGCCAGUGGCUGCCCACUCUUCUUCCCCCUCAACAGGCUGCAGUCACCCAGGCAUGCCUACGUGAAGGAUGACACCAUGUUCCUCAAGUGCAUCGUGGAGACAAGCGCUUAGGGCGGGUAGGGACUGUGCGAACCACACCUGACUCCCGAGCGAGCACCACGGGGGGUUUAGUAAGAUGACUGAGGUCCUGCCCUUGGCGCCCAAAAUCCCAGGGCACGAUGUUGGGCCGGGCUCCCGGCAGGAUCUCAGCGGGCCUGCCAGACUGACCGUGGCUGGCCAUCAGCUUAGGUGGCGGGGCCUUGGGCUGGGACCACAGGGGCAAAGGGUCCAGGAGACGGCAGCCGGGUCGUUCGUUGCCCUCUGCACCGAGCACACAACCCUGCAGGCCUGGGAGCCACUCCAGCCCUGAAGGUUGAGGCGGACUCCGACCAAGGGAGGGAGGGACUACGGACCGGGCCUGGGGCAUGGAUGGUGAGCGUAGGGAGGAAGGCCCGAGCAAAGAAAUUCUCAGACAGGAAGAUCUGUGCCCAGGGCGGGAAGGCGUCAAGUUGGGGCUUGGAUUUAAAGACCUUCAAGCUCCUUCCAGCCCAGAAAGUCUCCAGUUUGGGGCCUCUGGCCCAGAAAAGACCUAGGACUUGAAGGGGUUCUGGAAACGUUCGGGAACCUCAUGCCCACCAGGCUUCUGACUCUCCUUCAGUACCACCAGCUGGGCCGGGCUGGCCCGCACAGCACCUGCCAUGGCGGGCCUGGCAUCUCCGUUCCCCACUGCGCGGGGGCCCGCGUAGGUCCUGAGCCCCGUGCCCGCCAGCAGGACUCCCCUGCACCUCCUCCAGGUGAAAGCUCCCAGGAUCAGCCGGAAGAAAUGUGGAGAAGGAGGGGGGCACAGACUCUCUGCUCUCCUUCUCUUGGAGGCCCCACCACCUUUGCACGUUCCUGCAUCUCGUGUCACCUGAUUAAGCAAGGUAUUCACUUCUCUCAAUUGACUGAUCAGGGCCUCUGAGCCACUGAGCAGAGGCUGUCCUUUUCAAUAUGUAUAAAACCAAAGAAAGAAAUUUUUGUACAUUUCUGUUGAGGUUUCCAUGAAGUGCAUAUCCAACCUGGGCCCAAACCAAGUACCCCACA